UCGUUUCCACAGUUAUCAUCAGCUGUCUUUGGUUUUGUAACUGAAUAUAAGUUUUAUUGAGAAACACGCCGGGUGAAUUGAAAUUGAAUCAAAAUGAUGCGCUACGAAGGCAACGAGAGGCUGGCCGACGAGACGGCUUGCGCUGGAGUAAGGGCUGACCUCAAGAUGUGUCUGCUGGAAAGCGAUUGCUGCCGGAUAGAUAAGUUAACGCCGCGCCAGUGCCUCCAGGCUAACAACGUCCCACCAGAGUGCCAGGUCCUUCGCAACACCUUCUACGAGUGCAAGAGGUCCCUGUUGGAUAACCGACAACGCUUCCGCGGACGCAAAGGAUACUGAAGUUUAAACUAAUAAUAUAUUUCUAGACGCUUAAAUACAAAAAAUUCUACACAUAAA